CUUGUCCUUUUGAGGCCCUCCCUCCGGACACCUGACACACGCGCACCGACACCUGCUCCUCGUAAGCGAAAGCAGGCACCACGUCACACACUCGAGCAAUAUCAAUGAUGAACUCGCGGCAACAACGCUGCAGCAGACGGCCUGCUGCUUGCUGUUUAAUUGUUGCCUUGCAGGGGCUGCAGGGGCAAUCGUUUGUUGCGCCGUCAUGUUUCCUCAACGCGCAGCGGGCGAGCUUCACCCAGGCAGCAGGGCAACAACAAACAACAUCACGUGCGGCAGCAGCGCGACCCGUUUCGUCUCUCAACUCCGUGCCAUUUUUGGCCGCAUCGCAGGAGCAGGCAAAACCUCCUGGACAGUGGUCACCCGUACGACCUGGUGGCAAAGUUCCUGACCAAAAUGACAACGACGAUCAUGAGUUCAACAUCAACGUCGGGCGCGCAAUGGACUACCUUGCUGCUGAUGUUGCGCUGAUGUUUUCCACGGCGCCCAGGCUCGAGAUUUUUACUCCUGACGUCCGCCUGAAGGAUCCGGUGGGAGAGCUUUGUCACGGGCGGCGGCUGUACGGAGCCCUUCACACGUCUCUCCGCGUGUUAGCGGCCGUCACAACCUCUAGUCCUCGCGUUGGCGUGACCAGCAUCAUGUUUUACCCAGAAAAGCGGGAGAUCGAGCUAAAGUGGACCAUGACAGCGAGCGCGCCGUUCAUGGGUGACCCUGUCAAGCUGAGCGCGGUGUCGCUCUACGACUUGAACGAUCACGGCUUGAUCUACCAGCACAGCAUCGACAACCGGAUCAAGAGGGACCUCUGGGAGUACUCGCACUCGUGGAUGGGCGUGCUCAAGGCGGAUAGUCCCCCCUCUUUGUGAUCUAUCGGCUACUGGUGCGCGCUCUUGUUGUCUACUCUCGCUUGAGGAGCAGCAAGAGGAGGAAGCGGGAGCUGAGGGAUGUGUGGGAAACAAGGGGGGGGCGAGAGAGAGAGUUUGGAAGACAAUACUCUAGCUUCCGGAAGGGCAAGAGGAGGGAGCGUAGGCUCAGGGAUGUAUGGGAAGCAGCGGUGGGCGGGAGAGCGUUUGGGACACGCCGGGAGACCGUGCAAUCUAAGCAUGGGUGACCAAGCCCUGCUACCCAGCAACGUAGCUGGCGCCACGCUCGUUGGCGGGCUCCGCACAUCGGGCUUGGCUUCAGCUCGUUUUUUUACUUGCCGCGGCAACGCACGUCUCCUUUGUGGCGAGAGAGGAGCACGGCAAGAACAAGAGCAAGUGCUGAAGGGACAAGGAGCUGUCUUGUCGUCUUAACUGCUGUGGCGUGCUUCGUCGACUGUACGGGCGGCUCCGAAAACACGCGAAACAUUGGUGUAGUGCUCGACUGUGCUGUCGCCCGUUGACUCGGCAGGUGGGGGCCGACGAGGAUUUGUGCUGGGUAAGUCAUGGACUAGUAUUCAGGCACGCGUAGGUUAUUGGAGUAUUUUGAUCCUCGCAGGGUAAACGCUUUUCUGAGGGUGCCCAUUCGACGUUGAAUAUCACGUAGAUUUUGUUGGGGUAAGUUGUCUGUGGUCUGUUGCUGUGUUGUGGGCAGAGUUGGAUUGGAAUUGCCUCUUUUUGCGGUAUACUUUGUAUGUUCGUAAUUUGUCGAGCGGCAUCGUCUCUUCAUUAUAUUAGAGGUGUGAGGAUAGCGCGAUGUAUCGACUAUGCUGUGUUCCUUGUUCACAUCGGUUCCUUUUGUGACAUGGUCUACCAUACGCGUCUGUGGAUGAUGCAGGAACCAUGCCAUUGCUUGCUGUUGUCUACCAAUGUUUCUCGAGCUUGACAUAUCUGCACAUGUGUUGUGAUAACGAAGAACAUUCCUAUCAGGAAGCAUUGACAACAAGUGCUGGCGACCUAGUGCGCUCCACGGCGUGAAAUUGGUGUCGGAGGAGUAAGCGAACGUUGUGUUUGAAGAGGCGAAAGCAGGAGAGCCUAUAGUCGACGCAUUGUUUUUGACUGAGCAGAGCAAUGCUUUCGUGUUGCAUUGUGGUAGAGAAAUGGUGCGUACAUAUAUAUUAUUAGACGCAACAGUGGCAGGAGUAUCACCGGGGGACUGAGGUGAUCGCGUCGUGGGUGUGUUAAGCUCGUGCCCAUUUGAAACGUUGAUUUGGAACCUAGCCAUUGUGUGUCUACCAUCUGUGUCUUGAUGGUAAGGAGCCGCGGAGCUUGAGGGGUGAUUUCAUCGUGGUGUGUGUUGCGCUCGUGUGCGUUUAGACGUUGACCUGGAACCAAUCAAUUUAUUAUUUUCCUUGUCCGUCUAUUUAUUGUGUUCGGUUGGUUUUUUCCACGAAACAAGGCAGAACCAUUAGGCUAAAUCCAUCUCUUUCAAUGCAGCUAGUUGCUGUGGAUGGACGAGCGUAUAGAUGAUGGUGGUGCUUCGGUCGUGAUAAUAUCACGAAUAUAAUAUGUAGAAUGCGUUGACACGUCCAUGCGACGAAAUGGUGUGGUCACGUGUAUUACGUACGGAUUGCAUGACAACAAACAAGCGUUAGUUUCCGCAUGCAAACGUUAGGGUGAGGCCAUGAGGCUACAGAAACACAAGCUGAUAGCGACCUGCCUGGGAGAUCCCUCCCGACCAGAGGCAGCAUCGAUACCAGUCAUCCAUUGGAGACUCCAUCAACAAGUAUGCCUCUGCUGUUACCGUUGAGCACCCACGCGCAGAUCUGCUGCAAAAGAGGGGGUUUUCAGCCGAAUUCCGUACUAUUCCUUGCAUUUAACGCAUUGCUGCUACUCUUUGUACGC